GAGCGGCGCGGACGUACGUCUGUGGGCUCGUGUCAUUUGGGGUGCAUCGUCGUCCUUUCCCACGAGGACGUGUGAUAAUCCUUGCUAAGGAUCGUGUGUUUCUGUGUGCGCGUACCGGAUCUGGAACCGGUUUUUUUUAGUCUGUGCAUUAUUUUUAUGUAGCAAGAAGCAAUAUUGUGUGUUCUUUGGUGUGUAUCCCCCAUCGUGCAAAAGGUUGUGUUGUGUGUGCGCGAGUGAUCAAAGCAACCCAUAUUUCCUCGUAAUCACCAAUGAUGCUGUGUUGUCGAAAGUGAGAAGUGGUUUUUAGUACGAAUUCCGUGUGAAAUCAAGCAUUUUGCAGCAGCGUACACCUCAGUUCGAGAAAAGUUGGGUGUUGCCGCGGAUCUCGUGGCGAUCGCGUCGCCUUCGUCGUCGUGGAAGCUUGUCUGUCAGUGUGUUGGUGCAGGUUCGCGGAACGGUGUACCCUCCACUCGAGCGGCGGUGGCCUGCUCAGGGUGGGCGCGAACGUUUGAAGCAAACUGUGAGAAACAGAACACAACAACGAUCUGGCUGUGUAAAACACAUAUCCAACGCCAUGAAGGCUAGUAAGCAUCCGACCACCCGCGGGUCGGAUGCAAGGACAACACCGCUGCUGCUGCUUCUGUGCUUGUUCAUCGCGUCCCAAGCGAACCUUCUCGUGCAAGCGCAACAAUCGCAACCACAGUCGAACGAUGUCAAUCGCUACAACCCGCAGGACCCGUUUGGUGGCCGACAGCAGUACAACCCGCAGUAUCCAAGCAGCCAGUACGAUCCGAACACACGCACCAAUCAAGGACUUCCACCGUCGCAGUCUUCCGGCACGAACUAUCAGCGUGACUACUACGGCAACAAUGCUGUAAAUGGCAACAACCAAGACUCGAACAGCAUCGACAGCAAUCGGUUCGGGCAGGACAACCGAAAUGUGGUCCUGCAGUCGACGACACCGCGCGAUUACUUCAACCGCCAAACGACACCACCGUUCCGCACGCGCACUUCGAACCGCAAUCCGUUCUCCAACAACGACUACGCCGCCGGCAACUCGUUCUCCCAGGGCAUUACGUACUUUAUCGUUGCGUCGAAAAUGGUACGCCCGGGGCAGGUGUACAAGGUGGCGGUGUCGGUGCUGGAAUCGCAUCUGCCGCUUACGGUGCGCACGAGUAUUUCGCGCGAUGGCGUCGAGCUGAGCAGCGAGACGAAACCGAUCACGGUCGGUGUGCCGGAAACGAUGCUGAUGCGGGUGCCACCGACCAGCGUGGUGGGCGAGUACAAGCUGCGGGUGGAGGGCUCGUACGACAAGAACUUUGGCGGGUACGUGUUUGCGAACGAGACGAAGCUGAUCUUCUCCCAGCGCUCGAUGACGAUCUUCGUGCAGACGGACAAGCCGGUGUACAUGCAGGGCGAAACGGUGCGGUUCCGGGCGAUCCCGAUCACGACCGAGCUGAAGGGCUUCGACAAGGAGAUGAACGUGUACAUGCUCGACCCGGCGGGGCACAUUAUGCGGCGGUGGCUGUCGCGCCAGUCGAACCAGGGCUCGGUCAGUCUGCAGUACCAGCUGUCGGAUCAGCCGGUGUUUGGUGAGUGGAAGAUAAGGAUUGAGGCGCAGGGCCAGAUCGAGGAGGCCCGGUUCAACGUGGAGGAGUACUACCAGACGCGGUUCGAGGUGAAUGUGACGAUGCCGGCCUUCUUCUUCAACACCGAUCGGUACAUUUACGGGCGCAUUAUGGCGAACUUUACGAACGGCACGCCGGUGAAGGGCAAUUUGACGCUGAAGGCAACGAUUCGACCGAUUGGGUUCUUCAAUCCGGAAGCGAUCAAUCAGAUGAAUCGCGUUGGCAAUUUGGGGCGACUGACGAACCUGAACCAGAACGUGCCUUAUUAUCUGCAGAAGACGAACCCGGAUCUGCUGAACCAGUACAACCCGCAGAACAGCUUUAGCAGUCAGAUCGGGGGACGCGAUCAGGGCGGAUACGAUGGCGUUGGGCAGGGGUACGACGGGCGCUACUCGUCCAACAACUUCCAGGACUCGUACGUGAUCGAGCGCCAUCUGAACUUUGACGAAGAGUGGCCGUUCUGGAUCAAGAAGCCGGUCGAGAGCGACUCGCAGUGGGACUCGUGGACCAACACGUACCGGGACAGUUUGCCGUAUCUGCGCUUCUUUAACGGCACGUACAACUUCCGCUUCCCGAUGGCCGAGCUGGCCCAGCUGGUGCCGAACCUGUCCGGGAUGGAGAUCCUGUUUACGGCGCGGGUUGGCGAGCGGUACUACAACGAGAUUGUGGAAGGCUACUCGCUGACGCGCGUGUACAACUCAUCGAUUCGUAUCGCUUUCCUAGGAGAUUCGCCACAGGUAUUUAAACCAUCGAUGCCGUUUACCGUGUACCUGAUCGCGGAGUACCACGACGGAUCGCCCCUCCCGCUGGAUGAGUUCAAUGCGGGGCGCAUGGAGGUGUCCGGCACGAUCGAUAGUCGCGCCUCCGGCGGGCGCAAUUCCUUCGACAGCCGCGUCCUACACAUGUCGCAGAAGGCGGGCGUGUGGGAGCUGAAGCUCGACAUCCGGCACGAUCUGAACCUGGAGAACACGAAGCAAACGAACGAAUUCUUGAACGAAAUCCAAUCGAUGCGGCUGGUCGCGAACUACAUCGACCCGUCGGGCGAGCGAGCCUCGACCGAGCUGCUGCUGCUGUCCCACUUUUCGCCCAACAACCACAACAUCAAGGUGCACACGAGCACGACGGACGCGAAGGUGGGCGAGUACAUAACGCUGCACGUGCAGAGCAACUUCUACAUCAAGGACUUCAACUAUCUGGUGAUGUCGAAGGGCAUCAUCCUGGUGACGGGGCACGAAAACAUGAAGGGCGGCGUCAAGACGAUGGCAAUCACGCUGAGCGCGGAGAUGGCACCGGCCGCUACGAUCGUGGUGUGGCACAUCGGGCGGUACGGGAAGCUGCUGACGGACAGUUUGACCUUCCCGGUGAAUGGCAUUUCGCGCAACAAUUUUACGGUGUUCAUUAACAACCGGAAGGCGCGGACGGGCGAGAAGGUGGAGGUGGCGAUCUACGGGGAACCGGGCUCGUACGUGGGCCUGUCCGCGAUCGACAACGCGUUCUACACGAUGCAGGCGGGCAAUGAGCUGACGUACGCGAACGUCAUUCAGAAGAUGCUGUCGUUCGAUGAGCACACGAACGGGACGUUCAAGAAGACGUGGAUGUCGCACGACGGUGAUCCGGAUGAGCUGGUGUACUAUCCGGCGUCCACGUUCGGGAUCGAUGCGAACAGGACGUUCGAUUAUGCGGGGCUGGUUGUGUUCACGGAUGGGGUGGUGCCGAUGCGACCGACGAUUUGUGAUGCGGCGCUGAACUACAGUGAGUGUUUGAAUGGGCGCUGCUAUCGGACGGACAAGCGGUGCGAUGGGUACAUGGACUGUGAGGACGGGACGGAUGAGGCUGGGUGUAGCACGCGCAACGAGACACUGCUGGUUGAGUUCCGAAAGUUCCGGUUCAACCGGAUCCUGCGCCACUAUCAGAACGUUUGGCUGUGGAAGGACGUGAACAUUGGGCCGCAUGGGCGUUACAUCUUCAAUCUGGAUGUGCCGCAGGUGCCAGCGCUGUGGUCGGUUUCGGCGUUCGGGAUUAGUGGGACGCGCGGGUACGGCAUGAUACGCAAACCGAUCGAGUACGUGGGCAUUCAGCCGUUCUUCAUCAAUGUGGAGAUGCCGACCGCCUGCCAUCAGGGUGAGCAGGUGGGCAUAAGGGUGGCGGUGUUCAACUACCAGACGGUGGACAUCGAGGCGACGGUGGUGCUGCACAGCUCGCCCGACUAUCAGUUCGUGCACGUGGAGGAGGACGGUAUAGUGCGGUCGUACAAUCCGCGCACCUCGUUCGGCGAGCAUCAGUUCUACAUCUACCUGAACGCGCAGGACUCGACCAACGUGUAUCUGCCGAUCGUGCCGACGCGGUUGGGUGAGAUCGAGGUAACGAUCCACGCCUCCACGCUGCUCGGUGCGCAUCAGAUCAGCCGCAAGAUUACGGUGGAGGCGGACGGGCUGCCACAGUACCGCCACCAGUCCAUCCUGCUCGAUCUGCGCAACCGUGCCUAUCUGGUGCAGUUCAUGCACGUGAACGUCACGGAAACGCCCAUCAUCCCGUACGAGAUCGAUCGGUACUAUGUGUUCGGUUCGAAUCGGGCGCGCAUCUCCGUGGUCGGUGAUGUGGUCGGCGCCAUCUUUCCCACCAUGCCCAUCAACACCACGUCGCUGCUGGAGCUGCCGAUGGAUGCGGCGGAACAGAACAUGUUCAGCUUUGCCGCCAACUUCUACACCAUCAAGUACAUGCGCGCGAGUACGCUGCGCGACAAACGGACGGAAAAGCAAGCGUUCCACUUUAUGAACAUACUGUACCAGCGGCAGCUGAGCUACCUGAUGGAGGACGGUGGCUUUUCGCUGUUCCGUGCCGACUGGAACCAGUCCGCACCGUCCGUCUGGCUGACCGCGUACUGUGCGCAGGUGUUUGGCGAGAUGGCCGGGUUGUACGAGUACGAGAACUUUAUCUUCAUCGAUCCGUACAUGAUACAGAAGAAUAUGCAUUGGCUGUUGCGCCACCAGAAGGAGGAUGGCUCGUUCUGGGAGGAAACGUGGCUGCCCGACCGGAAGGCUAACAGUUCCGCGUUCUUUUCGCGCAACGAUGUGGUGCGUGAGAAGAAUGUAACGCUAACGGCGCACGUGCUUAUAACGCUAACGACCGUUAACUUGCCAGCUGGGAGACUUGCGGCAAGGGUAGCGUUAUCACAGCAAAGAGCGUUACAGUACUUGCAGCGCAAUUUGGCCACGAUAAAGGAGUCCGGUUCGACGUACGAAAUAGCAAUCGUCGCGUACGCACUGAUGAUAGCGAAGGCACCGAAGGCGGAGGCCGCUUUUACGAUGCUUUCCGCAAAGAUGCGAUCAAUUGGCGAAUUUAACUACUGGGGCGAAGAGGAAGUGCCACUGCCACCGACCAAGCUGGAAAAUCAGCGCUACUUCUCGCUGCCCCGCCUGCCGUACAAGUACGAUUCGCUCAACAUCCAAACGACGGCUUACGCGCUGCUGACGUACGUGUCGCGGCAAGAGAUACACGUCGAUCCGAUCGUGGCAUGGUUGAACGCCCAGCGCCUGACCGAUGGUGGCUGGGCCUCGAGUCAGGAUACGGGCAUGGCGAUGAAGGCGCUGACCGAGUACAGUACGCGCAAUCGCGUUUCGAACGUGACGCAGCUCGCCAUCAAGGUGGAGGCAACGUCCCUGCCCGGCGAAACGAAGCAGCUGUACAUUACGCGCAAGAGCUUAGCUCAGCAGCAGUUUUUGGAUGUGCCUAAUGCUUGGGGUACGGUGCGAGUGGAGGCAACCGGUGUCGGCUAUGCCAUCCUUCAGAUGCACGUCCAGUACUCGGUCGAUACGUACAAGUUCCAGACGCAACCGCCCGUGCCGGCCUUCGAUCUGACCACGCGGACGAUCUUCCACGGCAGGAAUCAGUCGCACAUCAGCUACGUCAUCUGUCAACGAUGGAUCAACACGCAGGAAUCGAUCCGCUCGGGUAUGGCGGUACUGGAUGUGGCCGUACCGACCGGCUACAUGAUACAGCAGCAGAAGCUCGACUCGUACAUCCUCAGCCAGCGGGUGCGCAAUCUCCAGCGGGCUCGCUUCCAGGAGCGAAAGGUGCUCUUCUACUUCGACUAUCUGGAUAACGAUUAUGUUUGCGUGAACUUUACACUGGAACGAUGGAUGCCGGUAGCCAACAUGUCACGCUACCUACCGAUCCGUGUGUACGAUUACUACGCGCCAGAACGCUUCAAUGAGACCAUCUUUGAUUCGCUGCAAACCUACCUGCUGAACAUCUGCGAAGUGUGCGGCAGCUCGCAGUGCCCGUACUGCUCGAUCUACAACAUUGCCGUCCGCUUCCCGGGCUCGAUCGUGCUGAUGCUGCUGACCAGCAUCGUGCUCGUGGCCCGCCACUACCGAAUAGUCAAUCCAAAUGGGUGGAUUUUCCUCAACGAUUAAAAUCGCGAUCGAAGAAGAAGCGCAAAAUGUGUAAAUAUACAAACAACAAAACCUUUCCCCACUUUUGGAUUCCUCCCUACGCUUCCGCCGGGGGAGAGGAAUUGAUUCCAUUCAAGCAAAAAACAAUCACUGAAUAUCGAAUGAGCGAGAAUCUCCUUAUAUCAAUACUUGUUGCGUCCGUUUUUUUUUGCUAGUAGAGUAGUUAAACGUUUUCUUUUUAAGCUAGAUUUUAGGGGUUAAUAGACACACUUAACAACAGCACCAUCCAUCAUCACCGUCCGGCAGCCAUCCAAAGGACACAGAUUUUUGUGUUUUGAAAUAGGAAAAAAACAGGAUAAUCCAAACUUUAUCAAUCACAAUUUAUACAACACCGUGUAGAGAAACAGAAACAAAAGUUUUGCUAUCUGCCCUAAGAAAAUGUGGACAAAAUAAGCAAUUCUUUUUUUUACAAAGACUAGCAUCGUAAGCUUUUUUGUGAACAUGAAAGUAAGAAUUUCGCUGUUUUAGCAGCUCCGUCUUUCUCCCCCCUUGACACAAAAAUCGUUUUUUUUUUGUUUUUUGUAGAAGGAACUCUAACGCGCUAAUAGUUUUCAUUUAAAUAGAAUAAAUUUAAGCUCACAACUUAAGAAAUUGCGAAAGAGGAGAGAUGGUGAAAUUUUCGAUUUCCAUAUAUCUCUCCUCUCGUAAAAAAGCAAAGCAAAAGAAGGCCGUCCAUUUUGAUUCUGGUCAACGUAUCAAUUCGUGUUCUUUUUUUAAAUAUUAAAUUUACUUAUUUUUUUAUAUGUUUUUUUCACUUCUUCGUGCGCGUAUGAACCUUUUUUAUAUAAAAUAUACCGUUUUGUUUUAAGUAGAGAGCCAGAGGUAAAGCAAAAAUAGUUCGAUGUAGUAAAACGAAACAAAAGUC